GUUUGUCACAUUAAUCCUGGUAUCACAUUUGAAUCAUUGAAAAUAUACGUUCAAGUCAAAUAAAAUGGAUGGAUCAAAUACCUUUGUAUUUCUUGGAAUAUUGAUUGGCUUAGUUUUGGUGGGUGUAGGUACCAGUAGAAUCAGAGGCACUAAAGAUGACUUGAUCAGGGAUUUGGAUGGGUUGCUGGAAGGAGACGAAAAAAAGGCGGCAGAUGAAGCCAUUGGAGCCAUCAGCCUUCAAGAUAAAGACACCCUGGAUCGGCUGGCGGCAAUGCAGAGGGCCCAGGCGGACGUGAACGGCUCUUUAAUUGGGGGCAGAAGGGCGGGUCAUGCGGUAGAAGCACCAAAAAGAUCGUGCUGGUGGUGCGGGACUAGGGGGAAAAAUUUCAAGCCAGCAAAACCAAAACAUAAACCUAUCAAGAGGUUAAGUACCUGGAAUCACGAUGACAAUGAAGUUAGCAACGAAGUGGUCCAGAGAAACAACGUAGGCCUAUACAAAAUAAUGGCCGUGCAAAGAAAGCCGCUUGACGCGCAAGCGGGUAUAGACAGACGUGGUCUCUCAUCCUGGAUGUACAAGACCAAAAACCAGUACGGCUGGUGGUUCGGAGACGGCGGUAAAUUUAUAGAUGGCGCUCAAGACGACGACGGUCCCAUAAUCGACAAUUCCGGAAACAUCCUAUCCCGAUGAAAACCAUGCUUACUUAUAAGAAUGUCCGUGAACUCCGUCAGUAUAUUUUGGUAUAAUAUAUGUGCAUUUGUAUGGUCAAGUCAAUCUUAAAUAUACACAAUUGGGUUAAAACUUGUGUUAUGAACAGUUUACAGCGCUUGCCUUUUUAUCUUUGUUAAAAGUGUCCGUUCGCAAAGAUCACAGAACUAACGCUUGGACAUGCAUUAUAUAAUUUCGUGGAUUAAAUGCUUUCAAUAGUAACUUCAUAUAUUUUGAAAAGGGGCACUAGUGGAAUAUUUAACUGACAUAUGGGUGUAUGACCGAGCAUAAUGUACAUCAUAGCAUUGAAUACACGUGGCUGUUUUUUGUUUUGUUACUUUGUUUGUUUAAUUUUGCAAAUAUGUUCAUGAGAUAAAAGUUGCUCUUA